GCCGAGCCUCAUGAUAAACACUGGCAUUGACAAGAAAAUUCAGGUUCAUUCAUGUAGGCUCACACACGUGCAAAGGUUCAUGAGCAGAGGUGUCCUCGACAUGUUUGUGUUUCAUUAACGCACUGCUCUGGGUCUUAUGGUGGACUUUGGACCUGAAGGGAAGGAGAGGCUGGAUGAGAAGGGAAGAGCAGAAAAGAGAAGGACAACUCUUUGACAAGAGGGAGAGGAAAUAUGGGAUAGAGACAGCAAAGGGAAAAACAAAACGUUUAGUGGAGGAGAUGGACUGAGGCGAGCUGGAGAGACGGAAAGGACAAAAUAGUGGAUGGACAUGGGCAGAGAGCGUCUCACCCGAGGAUUGCUGCUGCGUUUGGGUGUUCUGCUCACUGCUGUGUGUGUUUGCGUUCAUGUUUACCUGGAGACGAGUUGGUGGGGAGCACCUGCUCCCUCGGGACAUCCCACCCAGUCUAGUCAGAACUGGCACCAACAAAGCAGAACCAAACUAGAAGCAGAGGAGCAGGAAAGAAGCGUUAAAAGGAGAAUCUCUUAUGUUCGAACACUAAAGAAGGACAGCCAAGGAGGUAGGAAGAGGGACAAGGACAGCGAGGAGCCCUCACCACCCUGCUUCACACCUCUCCGCCCGCACAGAAAGACUCCUCGGUGGCAUAUAGACUUGGAGCCCUGGGCCGCUGAGAGUCAUUCUCUGGAGGAAGAAGCUAAAAGGUUCCUCAACUACAUCACGACACCCCAAGUGUCAUGUGGAUCGUUGGCCGAAGGGGAAGCUGCUCAGGAGGAGACCAAAGGUGGCUGGGCUGCAUGUCUGGACCCUAAGUACAGUCUGACCCACAAAAUACAAGGCAAACACUGCAGGAUGUACUCUUUUGGGUUGGGUGUGGAUGAUCGGUCCCUGGAGCGAUCUCUGGCACGGGCUGGAUGUGAGGUCCACUGCUUUGAUCCCAGUCUGAAGCAGCCUCACCUGCAGCAGGCCGAGAUGUGGCUUCAUCGUCUCUCUGUAGACUGGAGGGAUCCUAACCCGGCCAUUGUCGCCCAGCGUCAGUACGCCAACACCAAGAAACUGGCCACCAUCCUUAAUGACUUUGGACACAGACAGGUGGAUGUACUAAAGGCAGACAUGGAGAGUGCAGAGUGGAAGAUUUUGGAGAAUUUGGUCCUGGAAGGAGUUCUGGACUCAGUGGGUCAGCUGUUGUUGGAGGUUCACCUUCACUGGGCGGGCUUUGAGGUGGGCGGUGAUGACCCAUCCGUGGUGCGGUACUGGUUCAGCCUGCUGAAGGAGCUCGAGCACGCAAACUUCCGCCUCUUCCACGUACACAGCGACCCAGCCAAACCUCACCUCUUUCUGCAUCAGAACGUCCUCAACGCCAGCAGUGCUUACACCCUGAGCUGGGUGAACACGGAGUGGAAGCCUUGAGGGAAGCCAUACUGAAUGAC